GAGAGAGAGAGAGAGAGAGAGAGAGAGAGAGAGGGAGCGCGCACAAGCAUCAAGUCCCCACCAGCAGAUCCCACCAUCGUUCUACUGGAAGCUUCCCCAGUGCCGCUGGAAAAGAGACCAUAAAGCCGCAUAAAAAUGGACGGAACAAAGCCGGCCUUGGAGUCCAACGCGGAGGAGCCUCAAGAUGAAGGACAGGAGAGCAAAGGAUGCUUUGAGUGCUGCAUCAAGUGUCUGGGCGGGGUGCCCUACGCCUCCCUGGUGGCCACCAUCCUCUGCUUCUCCGGCGUGGCCCUGUUCUGCGGCUGCGGCCACGUGGCGCUGACGGGCACGCUGACCAUGCUGGAGAACCACUUCUCCAGGAUCACCACCGACCACGCCACCCUCACCAUGGUGAUUCAGAUCUUCCAGUACAUCAUCUAUGGCAUCGCCUCCUUCUUCUUUGUCUAUGCCAUCGUCCUGCUGGCCGAGGGCUUCUAUACCACCAGCGCCAUCAAGAAGGAGCUUCAGAGCGACUUCAAGACCACCGUGUGCGGACGCUGCAUUACUGCCUUCUUCAUGUUUCUGACCUACAUCCUCGCCCUGGCCUUCCUCGCCAUUUUCGGCUUCACUGCCAUCCCGGUGUUCCUUUUUUUCAACAUGUGGAACACCUGUGCUGCCAUGAGGUCCCCAGACUCCAACAUCACCUUACCCGACUCUAUCUGUGUGGACGUCAGGCAGUAUGGUAUCAUUCCGUGGAACGCCACCCCGGGCAAAGCUUGUGGCGCCACUUUGGGUGACAUUUGCAACACGAGCGAGUUCUACCUGUCUUACCACCUCUACAUUGUGGCGUUUGCCGGUGCCGGAGCUACUGUCAUUGCACUGAUUCACUAUCUGAUGAUCCUGUCAGCCAACUGGGCAUACCUAAAGAGCGCCGUCUCUACGCACGACUACCAGGACAUCAAGACUAAGGACGACCAGGACCUGGAGGCGGAGGCGCGCUCCAAGGAGGGCCAGAACUCGUCAUCCUACUCAUAAGGAUGAGCGACACCGCUCCGAGCACCGACCACACACCCCUCACACCGCCAACCGACCCCACCACACCCAGCCCCUUCUGUAAAAAAAUUAAAAUAAUUAAAACAAAAAAAAACAACCGACCCCCCUCCUCCCCCAGGUUAUAUUCGAUAGUGCCGCAGACUCCUGAGUCUCUCUGCUCUUCCCUUCCGUCAUGUUGGAUAGCGUGGGCGUGUGUUCCCACCAGAAGGGAACAGGAUUGAGGAUCAGGAAAAAACGGCAGCCUCCGCCCCAAAGAAGUUUCAGAACGGGUCGAGCUUGCCUGCCGGGGUCGGAGCUCACGUACGGUUUAUCGGCUCCGAAAGCGUCUAGGAGUUGCCGGGCUGCGGUCCAGGCCGCGAUGGCCUCGUCCUGCCUCUUGACACACGGCUCGCCGCGGCCUAAGUGAACAUUGUUUACUGUCGGCGCCCUCCAAGGGGAACCCAGACAGCGACCAACUUCCUCCGUUUUUUUGAUGUUUUAUAUGCAUAUAUAUAUAUAUGAAUAUGAAUAUACUGUGUGAAUGUGCGUGAAUGUUGUUGUUUUUUAAUACACUCUGAAAAGUAUGCCAGGUAUUAUUAAGCUCUUUCAUUUUAUGUUUUCUGGCGUUCAUUUUAUCUUCCUUUGACUCUUUAUUCCUGCUGUUUAAAACAUUGUUGCUGUUCAGACUACUCCCUUAACAAGUCAACAACCCAGAAACACACAUUCAUGUUGCUCAAGGAAGUGUAGUGAGCACAAUUUGACAUUUUGGGAAACGCUUACUUGUGCUCACAUUUCUUGACUUUUCCCCCGCAAAGUUCUAUUGGCAUAAAAAAAAAUUUAAAAAAUGUUGGAGCCUUUUAAAAAUCUGUGCAUUCAAAAAACAAAUAAAUACUUCUAAUUAAAGAAAAACUAAGCACAAAACUUAAAAAACAAUAGAUAAGCCAAGUACAAUUGCAACAGGCUGGAGUAGCUUUGUUUGCUAUUUUUUAGUCUUAAAUGUGUAUGCUGGCUUGUGGAGUGUGCUGAUCAUUAUUGGUGCUAAAAAAUAUAUAUAUAUAUAUAUUCACAUCUGAAUCGUGUUUAUAUUUAUUCCGCUUUUAAUUAAUUAAUAAUUUUCAAUAGUAUUUUUUUGUGUAAGAAUCCAUCUUUAAAAAUGCUUGUUUUAGGUCAUCUUUGUCUAUACAACAUCAUACGUCCCCAGCCACAAGUAACUUUUGUAAGCUGUUUUAAAAAGGUUUAAUUAUUAUUUAACACCAAAUAAUUUUUUGCGAAGAUCUGUUUGAAUCGAUAAUCAAUUCUGAAUCGAAUCUUCACCCCAAGCAUUGCAGCCGAACAGAGUCAUAAGUUGUUGUGUAAUAUUCCCAUCCCUACUGAGAAUGAAUACAUCCCUAAAAUGGAAAAUAUUUGCUAAAACUUAAGAGUUGGAGAUUCCGUUUCCUCAAAAUAUAAUAAUCGUGUAUGUUUGCCACUCCCGAUUAUUUUUACUAAAUGGCAGUGGGGGCGAAAUGGCUCUUUGACAGUGUCUAAAACGGUGUUUCUUAACCAUUGUUGGGCCGCCAAAAAAAAUGGGUUUCUCAGCCAUGGGCCGCAGUACACUUUCCCACCAGUUGUGGCAGUAAUGGCAAUAUCAAACAGUCUGGAGCGAAAGUUAAGAGAAUUUCUCAAGUGCAAAAAUUAUGACUAAAGUGGCGAAGCUGUAUUUUCAUUUGUUUUGUUUCAUUUUUUUCACAUUUUAUUGAUUUUAGCACGACAUAAUUAUAUAUCCAUUUAUUUUUCAUCAGUUUAUUUUUGAGUCCCCGGUAGUAUAUUUGGUUAGUAGUUAUUUUUCUAAUCAGCCUGACCUAAGCCUAAGGUUUAUGUGUUAUGUGGUACUGCUUUGAGUUGGCUGAAGUCAUAUUUGACUAACAGGACCUUCUCUGUAAAUGUUGCUGGUUCUGAAUCCUCUGUUGCUCCCUUGACAUGUGGGGUCCCACAGGGCUCAGUUUUAGGACCACUGAUGUUUUCUAUUUAUUUACUUCCCCUGGGCUCAAUCCUAAGAAAGCAUGAUAUUUAUUUUCAUUGUUAUGCUGAUGACACACAAAAUUUAUUUUCCGUUAAAGAGAAAUCAUGCCUCUUUAAUGCAGCCACGACUUGCUUGUAAUGAAGAUAUCAAGGCCUGGACGGCCCUAAAUUUCUUAAAUUUCAAUGAAAAGAAGACAGAAGUAAUAGUGUUUGGACCUAGUGGUACCUGUGAGCUCCCCCCUGUUGACUAAAUAAAUCUAUGUAAUUAAUGAAAAUAAGUAUUGAAUAUGAUUAAAAUUAAGAGUAAGAUUAAGAGGUAAUAUUUGAAGGCCCGGGCCCCUACGUAGUGGAAAGGUUUGGCCCUGAGCUCGAAAAGGUUAAAAACCCCUUCUCUAGAACAAUAGCAAAAUUUCUGUGCUCCUUUAUAAUCCACGCAAGUAAACGUUUCCCAACAAGACCUUUUCUUUCGCCAGCAAACCCGACACCUCAGGUAUCAAAUCAAAUUGUUGUGUCUUUUUUUGCAUCUUAAGCACUUACCCGAAUCACAUUGCUACGCAUGAAACAUCAUUUUGUGAAAUGCAAUGCAUCACCUGUAAAUAGUUGUAACCACCCGAAAAGACCCCAAAUUGACUCCGUGGGAACACGAUCAGUGUUAUGACACGCUAUUCAAUAUCUUGGAUUGCUCCUUUUUCGCGUUUGCUAUAACAAUUGUCGCGUAACACCCUAAAUGAUAUGUGGUGACAGGGCUGCAGUGUAGUUAUGACAACAUGGAUUGAGGUGCUUGUAAUGUAUGCAUUUAAAAAUGUGAGAGAAUUAAUUUUCAAUCAAUUGUGAUGAUGUUUUUGUUUGGGGUUUUUUUUGGACGGCCAGCCAAAAUAGUGACUUUUUAACGCAUUCUUAAUGUUUUUUGUUUUUUUUCAUUCUCUCUCAGAUGAGCCACAUAGACUGUUUAUGGAUGUUUACACUCUGAACUCAACACGUCAGGAAUUUCCUACAUUAAUUUUAUAAUCCUUUAUGGUUUCAUAUCCCAUAAUCUAUAUUGUAUAAUUGAUGAUCACCGCUUAGUCAACCCGAGGGAAAAAAAAGAAAGAAAAAAAAGACAAUUUCUGAUGAGAUGAAGCAUGUCAGUAUUGUGUGCAGCUGUCUAUUCUGUAUAAAAAUGACUUUAUCGCCAUGUGUGUUAUGUUUGAUAAAUAUACGUGCUCUGCCGCCACGUGGAUGUAAAAGGCAAACUUCAAUUUCCUGUGAGACGAUGCGUGUCAGGUUGUUGCUGUUUCCUUGUUAAUUGCAUGAAAGAGACAUUACUGUCUUUGCAGUUUUUUCAGGUGAUGUGUAGUCAAUUGUAUGACAACUUUGGUAGGCGGUGUUUUGCCCCCCCUUCCUUUGCACCCCCGCCCCUUUUCUAAAAAAAAAAAAAAAUCCAUUGUACUUUGAUGGCAUUGUAGUCUCUGUAGGUGUUUCCUUAUGCUUUUUACUUUUAGUUAGAAAUAGAUUUACGACUCCUGCAUAGUGAUGAUUUUUGUAACCUUCUCUAGUAAAACCGGUAUUUUUUAUUAUCGUGA